AUGUCAAGAGAAGAUCCAAUUAAGGCUGAAAAAGACUUUUCUGCUACUUUAGAUGAACAAUUCCCAUUGAUUGAAAAGAUCUCUGACUACAAGCAAGCAUUAGAUAAGUAUCUUGUCUUGGAGAAACAAACUCGUCAGUCUUCCGAUUUGGCUUCAUCAAAAAGAGUUCUCAACAAGAUUGUUACUGCAUUGGUUGAUAAUAACGAUUGGGAGUAUUUGAAUGACUUGAUAACUAUCUUGUCAAAGAAACAUGGUCAGUUAAAGUCGUCAAUUCAAGCAUUUAUCAAAGAUGUGAUUGAUAAUUUGGAUAAAUUGGAUGAAAACAACAAGCAACAAUUAGAGUUGAAGAUGAAAUUGAUUGAAACUAUUAGAACUGUCACAGACAAAAAGAUUUUUGUUGAAGUUGAGAGAGCCAUUGUUUCAAGGCAGUUGGCCAAAAUUUAUUUAAACAAAUUGAAUGAUUUGGAUAAGGCAGUGGAAAUCUUGUGUGAUCUACAAGUAGAAACGUAUUCGUUAAUGCCAUUCAGUGACAAGAUUGAGUAUAUCUUAGAACAAAUUCAGUUGACUUUACAAAAGGGGGACUAUGGCCAAGCCAAGAUUUUGAGUCGAAAGAUUUUAUUAAAAUCGUUGAAGAACUUUGCCAAAGCUGAUGAGUUUAAGGCUACUUAUUUGAAGUACUUGAUUGAUAUUAACGUAUUUGAUUAUGAUUAUAUUUCAAUUGUCAAGAACUUGUUAUUGUUGAUUGAGAUUCCAUUGAUCAAGGAAUCGGCAGAGUACAAGGAGUAUUUGGUGCUGGUUAUUUACUACAUCAUUUUGUCAACCUACGAUCCUCACCAGAACGAUUUAAUCAACAAAAUCAAAUCAAACCCCAUUUUCACCAAGAAUGUUGAUGCUAAUAUUGUCAAGUUGUUAGAUGUUUUCACCACAAACGAGUUGAUUCACUGGUCAAACAUCGAGUCGUUGUACAAGACGUCAUUUGCCAAUUCCAAAAUAUUUGCUGAUGAAAAGAACUAUAAAAACUUGCAAAAGAGAAUUAUUGAGCAUAAUCUCCGUGUGAUCAACAAGUUUUAUCAAUCUAUUAGGUUAGAUAGAUUAGCGCAAUUGUUGCAACUAUCAGUGGAUGAAGCUGAACUGUAUGUUAGCGAAUUGGUAAACCAAGGAAUGAUUGUUGCCAAGAUUAAUCGACCACAAGGACUUGUGAAAUUUGACAAAACCAAACAUAUUGAGGGGAGUGAUCCUCGUACGAGUGAUAACCAUAUCAACGCAGUGUUGAAUGACUGGUGUUAUGAUAUUGAGAAAUUGUUAGAAGAGGUUGACGCUAUAGGCCAUUUGAUAAACAAAGAAGAGAUGAUGUACGGAAUCAAACAGAAAAGUUAA